CGGAAUUCUGCUGAUGCACCUGAGCGUUUCUGGGACGUAAUGCCGAGGAAAAAGCAUUUUCGUGAAACAGAAGAAUGGCGCAAGAAGAAGUCGCGUGUGUUGACGAAGAUGAAAGCAAUGGGACGUAUCAAUUUGGCUCUUGUAAUCGCCCGAAUGCCGGGGAGAAUAAUGACUGCUAUAUUCGAUAUGACUCGUCGUGUGACGAUGUUCGAUAGCGAAGGGGAAGAUUUGAAGCAAAAGCUUGAAGAAAGCGACGUUGUCACGUCAGCACUACAACAGCAACAGCUACAACAACAAGCCCAAAAUUUGAAUACAAUCGAAAAAUUGCCCGAUAAAGUGCUCCAACAAAUAUUUUCGUACCUUUCUCCAUACCAAGUACUUCGAGUGGGACAAGUUUGUAAACGGUGGGAAAACAUCGCACACAGUCCUUCGCUAUGGCAGUUUGUUUCAUUUCGGCCCAACUAUGGUGGCAUUCAGGUGACGAAUCAAGACUAUUUCGUUCAUUUGAUUGGAACUCGUUUCACCGAAUUGCGUUGUGCUGAAUUAGCUACCGAUUUGAUUACGCCAAACGUAUUGCAUGAAAUGGCCGCCAAAUGUCCUCGUUUACAGGCACUUACAUUAGACUUUUCGACGGCAAUGCAACUUCACGAUUUCACCGAUUUGCAAAACUUUCCCAGUCGCCUUCGCUCGUUGACGAUCUGCCUCAGCGAGAAUAUUUUCUUGGAAGGUUUCCUUCGUAAAGUCUACACGUUCAUAUCUUCUGUGGAAGUGCUUCAUAUAAUUGGAACGUAUGAAAAAGUUGAAGAUGAAGAGGAAGAAGUUUACGAGACAGUGAAUGUGCAUAAGCUGAAGCAGUUUAUGCCGAAUAUACGAGUGGUCAAUCUGUGGGGUGUACCUUUUAUCACAGAUGAUCACGUUGAUGCGAUUUCAUCGAACUGUGCGCACCUGGAGUGCCUUUGUGUCAACUACUGCACAAAAGUGACCGGUUCAUGUUUACGACUUGUCUUACAGCGAUGCAAAAAGCUUCGAAGUCUUCUUCUCGCUCAUACCAAACUGGAUAAUAAAGUGGUGCAAAUGAUUGAGUGGGAAAAAACACGAAUUGAAGAAUUGAAUAUUUGUGGAACGGAACUAUCCAGUGAGUCGUUAAAGUACAUUCUUACGAGGUUGAAGAAUCUCACUUGGCUGGAUGCGUCAUGGCUCGAAGAGAUGAACGAUCAGGUGGUUGAGGCAUGGAUGGCCUCUGAGGCAAUCGCAAAUAUUAAGUAUUUGAAUUUGGAUACUUGUGACUCAUUAAAUGAAGCAUCUUUAACGGAUCUUGUCACCAGAUUUGGUCAUCAAAUACUGGGCUUGAAUUUAGGUGGUCAUCAUAAACUACUGGAAUAUUUCUGGAUGAAUAUGAUACCGAAAUUGCACAAUAUCCGCGUGUUGGUUAUGGGCAUUGCUGAAGAUUGUUGUCCAAAAGUGAUUGCAAAAAUUCAUAUUGACCAGUUUGUCGAUUGCAUCGCACAAAAUUGUCCUCGUUUGACUAGACUCGAAAUACGCUGGGAUGAUGAGACGCUACGAUUCAGCGAUAAAUCCAGUAAAUUCAUCGACAUUCUCCGUAUGAAGUGUCUUAAACUGCAUUCAAUGGUACUCUCUGAUGGUCAAUACUAUGAACUUAUACGGUCGAAUUUUGAACGAGCUGACCGCAUGUCAGUGGUUAGGUUAGACGCUGCUCCAUUCUUUUCGUUCAGUUCUGGAUUGUUGCUUCAGAGGACGCCAGCUAUCUUUAUUGCGCACGAAUAG